AUGGAGAGGUACUUCGAAGCUACUAAUGUCCAAAGUGAGCAAGAGAGGGUGAACAUUGCAACCGGGUGUCUUGAGGACCAUGCAAUAGCGUGGUGGCAACGAAAGCAUGCCGAGAUUAUGCAAGGUACAUGCAUCAUCAACAUUUGGGAGUUGCUCAAGUGUGAGAUUAAAAAGCAAUUCUAUCCGGGCAACGUGGCAUAUGAAGCACGGAAGAAGAUGUGGGAGCUUAAGCACACGGGGCCGAUUUCCAGGUAUGUGGAUGAAUUCUCUAAGCUUAUGCUUCAAGUUGAUAACAUGAAUUUGGAAGAUUUGCUAUUUAAUUUUAUGGAGGGGCUCCAACCCUGGGCACAACGGGAGCUCCAAAGGCGUCAAGUAGCCAACAUCUCUACAGCCCUUACCGAAGCGGACACCCUUGUUGAGUUCCACAAGGGAGAGACAUCCAAGCCGAAGAAGGAUGGCAAGUCUGAUCACGGCAAAGGUGGGGGAGGAAAGGGAGACAAACCAUCCCACCGAGAAAAGGGAGAUAAGCCGCCGCACAAGAAAGAAUGGCGGAAGUAUGGCAAGAAGGAGUACAAGCGUCGUGAGAAUUGCUAUCUUUGUGAUGGGGACCACUGGAUCCGUGACUGCCCCAAGCGCAAGGCUUUCAAUGCCAUGUUCGAAGAGAAACAACCUGAGACAUCCGCAUCCGAGACAGCCAACAUGGGAUGCCUCCAACUUCUCAAUGCCUUGAAGGUAAAGCCCGCACAACCGAAAGCUCAAGACAAGUCCCUUAUGCACGUUGAAGCCACCAUCAAUGGGAAGAAAGUUCAAGCCUUGUUGGACACGGGUGCUUCCCAUAACUUCAUCAAAGAUAGCGAGGCAAGACGAUUAGGCCUCAAGGUGGAGAAAUCAGACGGAUGGCUCAAGACGGUGAAUGCUGAAGCUAAACCACUUGGGGGCGUGGCUCGGAACGUUGAGCUACAUCUUGGCACAUGGAGCGGCAAGGUAUCAUUUUCUGUUGCACCUUUAGAUGAUUUUAACCUUGUUCUUGGCAUGGAGUUUCUCAGGCAAUUCAAUGCGGUACCCCUACCGCGAUACAACUCUAUGUGCAUCCUGAAGGGAGUCCCGUGCAUGGUUCCAACCGUGAGCAAAGUCGCACCAAGCAACCAACUCUCCGCAAUGCAAAUUGAGAAGGGACUUAAGCGAAAGGAAGAGACCUUUCUCACCAUGGUGCAUGAGUUGGAAGACGAGGGAGGUGUGGACACCAUGGAGCCGGUACCGGGGGAAAUAUCCAAAGUCCUUGAAGAAUACAAGGACGUCAUGCCAUCCGAGUUGCCAAAAUGCCUACCACCUAGGAGGGAGGUGGACCAUAAAACCAAGCUAGAGCCGGGAGCCAAACCACCUGCCAAAGCUCCAUACCGGAUGUCGCCACUGGAAUUAGACGAGUUGCAGAGACAACUCAAAGAACUCUUAGAGGCCGGAUUUAUCAAGCCUUCAAAAGCACCAUACGGAGCUCCGGUCCUCUUUCAAAAGAAGCAUGAUGGGUCGCUUCGCCUUUGCAUCGACUAUCGGGCACUUAAUAAGGUAACCAUAAAAAACAAAUAUCCCAUUCCACUAAUUGCCGAUUUGUUUGAUCAACUUGGACAGGCCAAGUACUUUUCUAAGCUUGAUUUGAGAUCGAGGUAUUACCAAGUGCGGAUCGCGGAAGGAGAUGAGCCAAAGACCGCAUGUGUGACGCGUUACGGAGCCUUUGAGUUCAAAGUCAUGCCAUUCGGCCUCACCAAUGCCCCUGCCACAUUUUGCACGCUUAUGAACCACAUCUUCCAUCCAGGUCAAAAUGUACUAGAAAGUACCUGA